AUGUCUGGAUCAAAGAACUGGCCAGGCUGCACUGGGCUGCCACUGAGACAGAAGCAGCACGAGCCAAGCAAGAGGGCAAGAGAAGAGAAAGCGAUGGAGGAAAUUCCUUCCUCCACUGCUUUUCCUCCUCUUGUCCCUCUCGCUUGGCUCAUGCUGCUUCUGCAGGAGCUGCCGCACUUCAGGUCUCCUCCAGUGGCGGGUGGCAUGGGUGCCCGAGGGAGGAUUGAAAGAAAAUACAUCACAAGAUACUGGAAAGAAGUGAAAGUUGGAGACUUCAUCCAGCUGCGUUGCAAUGAAAUCAUUCCUGCUGAUAUAUUGCUGCUUUCUUCGAGUGACCCUGAUGGCCUGUGUCACAUAGAGACGGCUAAUCUGGAUGGGGAAACCAACUUGAAACAGAGACAAGUUGUGCGAGGAUUUUUGGAGCUGGACUCUGAAUUUGACCCACUGAAGUUUACUAGCAUCAUUGAAUGUGAAGAACCAAAUAAUGACCUAAGUAGGUUUCGAGGCUUCAUUGUGCAUAAAAGUGGGAAAAAAAUGGCGCUGUAUAAAGAAAAUCUGUUGUUACGUGGAUGUACCAUUAGAAAUACAGAAGAGGUCUCAGGAAUAGUAAUCUAUGCAGGACAUGAGACAAAAGCUUUGUUGAAUAACAGUGGACCACGUUACAAGCGCAGUAAGCUGGAAAGACAAAUGAAUGUCGACGUCCUUUGGUGUGUCCUCAUACUUUUCACAAUGUGUUUGUUUUCAGCUCUUGGUCACGGAAUCUGGGUCUGGCAAUACGAUGACAAACGAAAGCCUGUCUUUGAUGUCCCAGGUCGCAAUGGAAAAUACUGGUCUCCAGUUGAAGCUGCAGUGUAUUUAUUUUUGACAAUGAUUAUAGUUUUUCAGGUUCUCAUUCCCAUUUCUUUGUAUGUCUCCAUUGAAAUUGUUAAAAUAUGCCAAGUAUUCUUUAUUCAUCAAGAUAAGGAUUUAUAUGAUGAAGAAACAGACCUUCAGCUACAGUGCCGAGCUCUCAAUAUCACUGAAGAUUUAGGACAGAUUCAGUACAUAUUUUCAGACAAGACUGGGACUCUUACUGAAAAUAAAAUGGUUUUCCGGAGAUGCACUGUUUCUGGCAUAGAAUAUUCCCAUGAUGCUAAUGCAAAACGUAUAGCUAUGUACCAAGAAGCUGAUUCUGAAGAUGAAGAAAUGGCACCUAAGGCAGGGACUUUGUCCCAGCGGGGCAGUGUUAGCAGUCAUCAGAGCAUUAAAGUCAUCCACAGGAACCAGAGCACAAAAUCUCAUAGGCGUACAGGGAGCAGAGUGGAGGCCAAAAGGGCAAGCAUUCUCUCAAAGCACACAGCUUUCAGCAGCCCGAUGGAAAAAGAUAUCACACCUGAUCCAAAUUUGCUGCAAAAAGUAAAUGAAUGUGCCAGCUACCUCGAGAUUAUGAAGAGCUAUGACCAGCCAUUAUCCCAGCUCUCCCCUGAACUUUCAGACAUCUUUGACUUUUUCAUAGCUUUAACUAUCUGUAAUACAGUGGUAGUGACAUCUCCAAAUCAGCCACGUCAGAAGAUUAGAUACAGAUUUGAACUGAAGUCUCCAGUAAAGACCAUUGAGGACUUCAUUCGGAGACUCACUCCCAGUCGCCUGACCUCUGGAUCUAACAACAGCAGCUCCUCAAGCCUGGCAACCAGCAAAUCAACACAGCGUGCUGCAUCCAGUGUAAUUUCAUCAGCCUCUACAGACAGCACUUUCUUGAAACUAGAAGAAAAGUUUGCAAACUCUUCCAGGAUGAAUAACAAUAGUUACAGUUGUCAGCAAUCUAAAGAGACCCUGGGGAAUGGGAGUGGGCCGGGAGAAAGUGAACUGCGUUAUGAGGCAGAAAGUCCAGAUGAAGCUGCCCUUGUUUAUGCUGCCAGGGCAUACGAUUGCGCUCUGGUCGGCCGACUGCCUGACCAGGUAUCAAUAGAGCUACCUCACCUGGGGAGAUUAAACUUUGAACUUUUACACAUCCUGGGCUUUGACUCAGUCCGGAAGAGAAUGUCUGUGGUUGUCAGGCAUCCCCUCACUGACGAAAUAAAUGUUUAUACUAAAGGAGCCGAUUCAGCAAUCAUGGAUCUUCUUCUGCCCUGUUCUUCAGAUGACCCCAGGGGCAAGCAUCAAAAGAAAAUCCAAAGCAAAACUCAACAUUUUCUUAAUCUUUAUGCUGCUGAUGGACUGAGGACUUUGUGCAUUGCAAAAAAAGUGCUGAGCAAGGAGCAAUAUUCUUGCUGGUUAAAAAGUCACAUUGAAGCAGAAUCUUCCAUUGACAACCGAGAGGAGCUGCUGUUUCAGUCAGCCACUCGUAUAGAGACAGAUCUACAUCUAUUAGGUGCAACUGGCAUUGAAGACCGUUUACAGGAUGGGGUCCCAGAAACCAUUGCAAAUCUUCGCCGGGCUGGGCUGCAGAUCUGGGUUCUAACUGGAGAUAAGCAAGAAACAGCUAUUAACAUUGCUUAUGCUUGCAAGCUGCUGGAUCAUGAUGAAGAAAUCAUUACCUUGAAUGCUGAUUCAUCGGAAAUGUGUGCCACAUUAUUGGAACAGCACCUGCACUGCUUAGAAUCUAAAUUUUUGAAUGAAACCUCAGAAAAAUCUUCAGAGAAAGAGACCACAAAGUUGACUCCAGUCUACCUAACAUCGUCUUUGGCACAUCCAAGGCUGGGCUUAGUCAUUGAUGGAAGAACGCUAGCUUAUGCUCUUGAUAAAGGCCUAGAAGACAAAUUCCUUUUGUUGGCCAGGAGGUGUCGUUCUGUACUGUGCUGCCGAUCUACCCCAAUUCAAAAAGGAAUGGUUGUGAAACUGGUCAGGGGAAAACUCAAAACAAUGACCUUGGCAAUAGGUGACGGAGCAAAUGAUGUCAGUAUGAUCCAAGUUGCUGAUGUCGGUGUGGGGAUCUCAGGUCCAGAAGGCAUGCAGGCUGUGAUGGCAAGUGACUUUGCAAUACCAAAGUUCCGGCAUUUGGAGAAACUCUUGCUUGUACAUGGUCAUUGGUGCUACUCUCGGCUUGCCAACAUGGUCCUGUAUUUCUUCUACAAAAAUGCGAUGUUUGUCGCCCUUCUUUUCUGGUACCAGUUUUACUGCGGAUUUUCUGGGUCAUCCAUGAUUGAUCAAUGGUACCUAAUCUUCUUUAAUUUGCUAUUCUCCUCUCUUCCCCAACUGGUUGUUGGAGUGCUCGAUAAAGAUGUACCUGCUAGUGUAUUAAUUGCUGUGCCCCAGCUCUACACAAGUGGCCAGAACAUGGAGGAAUACCAACCACAUAUGUUUUGGAUGAACAUGAUUGAUGCUCUAUACCAAAGCCUGGCUUGCUUCUUCAUCCCUUACUUUAUAUAUUAUGAUUCAGAUGUGGAUAUAUUUUCAUGGGGAACCCCUAUCACCACCAUAGCUCUCUUCACCAUUAUACUGCAUUUGGCCAUUGAAACCAAAACAUGGACGUGGCUUCAUUUGUCAUCAUGUGUCUUCAGUAUUGUUUUAUUCUUCAUUGUGGCUCUCCUUUACAAUGCAUCGUGCCCAAUAUGUUAUCCUCCAUCCAAUCCAUACUGGAUCAUGGAAAAGCUGAUGGGAGAGCCUAUGUUUUACCUGACUUGUCUUAUAACACCCCCUGUGGCUUUGCUUCCCAGAUUUCUAUACAGAACUCUUCAAGGGACACUAUUCCCAACCCAGCUUCAGCUUGGGCGCCAGUUGUCAAGGAUGCCCCCAGACACUCUCAAUCAGCUUGUACACAGAUGGAACACCAAAAAGGAGACUGAUCCUCAUAAAUACCCUUCUGCUCAUUAUUCUCCACAAAGCUCAUGUUGCAUUGCUAACAACUCUCAAAAGGCCUGCAACCAAAACUCUCUUACAGAUGUAUCUCAACAUGGAAAUGAACUAUCUCCACCACUGCCAAAGUCAGAACCUAAAAUAGAUUUAAAUAUUCCUGCCCCUCCUCUUGGUGCUCACUUAUAUGAGGAGAAUGGGGAUCUUUCAGUGGCUGAUAAGCAAGAGAAAACAACAAUGGGUUUUUCCAAAGACACUUCAGAGCUUGAACCAACUUUAGUAGAUGAAACAAUCCAGUGGAGCUCAAGAUUGGGCCAAUCAGACUUCAGCUUGUUGACCUGGAUCACGUCGACACCAUUGUUUAAUGACACUGGAAAUGAUCAGCCAUGGUUACCCAGCAGUUUACAGAAUGUAAAACAAGACAGUACAACUCCAUAUACCUGCAGUUCUCACACCUUCAGAGACUCAGAGCAGAACCUAGCCUGUUUUCAGGAGCAAAGGAAAAAGUCUGCGGAAUGCUGCUUAACAAAUGAAUCUCUUGAGUCAACUUUUUUAUGAUGAGGGUAUCCGAGCUUAUAUGUUUUGUUUGCACAGGAGUAUAGGCUUUUGCAUUCCAGAAGAUGGAACUCAAGGUACAUAGUUUUAUUUUAAAAGAAACUUUAAGCACAAUAUGUUGAAAACAAGAGCUUUAUAUACAGAUAAAAGAUACAUAUCUAUAUUUAUUUUAUUUUUCAUCUCAUUUUAUACAAAAUCUUUAUCUUUAUUUUUAUUUGCCUCUUUGGAGUUCUUUAUUCAAUUACCAGGUCACAGAGGUUGUAUUUCAACCCAAAGCUUGAUGUGAUAACCAUUGGUUCACAGUUCAUAUGAGUUGGGGCCCACCAUAUUAACUUUAAAAAUAUGUGCAGUCCUCCUUAGAUUUUUAGUGCGGGGAAAAGGAAUAUACGUGUGGCAAAAAGUAAUUAAGGAACCCUACAGAAUCAAACCUUCAUUUUGUAAAACUACGUAUGUUACACUGCAAUGGAAAUCAUGCAGAUAUUUUCCAGAUGCGACCUCAUAUUUUAAUUACAACCAUAGCAGCUUAUAUAUCAAGAGAAAACAAUAAAUAAAUGAAGAUCUAUAUUGCAAA